CCUCCCUGUUCCCAGAAGGUAGCUAUCCCAGCACAUCUUUUUCUCCCAGGAUCCAGCAAUGGGGCAGAGGCUGAGGAGCUGGAGGCACUGCGGGUGGAGGAAAGGCUGGAAGCAGAAAACACAUGCACAAGCGGGGACUUACUAUGUUAUUCACAGGAGACUAUGUCAAAAUUUUGAGCCUUUCUCCAGCCUGCUUUGGUCUGGACGGAUUGGCAUGGAAGGUCACUGAAGCCUGGUGUUGAAGGAUUAUAUUGCAGCUGUACUUUUUCUGGGGAAGGGCAGAGUUCUCAGAGUUCACAUGUGCCUGCCUUCUGUGAUCUCUUACUACUUCCAUAGUCUCCCUUCCAUCCUCUUUCUUCUGGGGUUGCAAGGAAGAGACACACCUCUACCACUGCAGAGGAAGCCAGAGGUUUUCUGCCCAUAAAUUAACCCCUCCAAUGUCUGGAAUAUACUACAGAGGUGCAACAAGGUCUAUGAAUGCAGGGAAUCACGAUCCAACUAGUUCAGGUGCAGCACCAAGAUGAAUCCUCCGACUGUGCAAAGCAUAAGGUUGGCGUACCUUCUCCUGAAUUUGGCUUCCCUCUGCCUUCCCACUCCACUCUGGAAGGACCGGGACUCUCUGAUGCAGGAGGAGAAAGCCUAUCAGACAGGUGGCAAUUUAGUGCUGAGUAUACAGGAACAGCAGCUCAGCACAAAACUUGUAAACCUCAAAAAGAAGGAGGUUGCAACAGCCAUGGCUACAGGACAGUUUCCUCCAAGUAUGCACUUCUUUCGGGCAAAAGGCCUCAUUGAUCAGAGCACAGUGUUCAGCAUCUUAAAACGCAUGCCAAAAGGUGCUGUCUUACACCUGCAUGAUUAUGCCAUCCUGAAUGUGGACUGGCUGGUGUACAAUGCCACUUAUCUCCCCAAUUGCUACAUCUGCUUCACGCACACGGGCACGGUUCGGUUUCACUUUUCCAAGCCUCACCCUCCUCACCGAGUGCCAGCCCAGUGCUCCCAGUGGGUUUUGCUGGAGACUUACCGGAAACAGCUGCGCAACGUGACCGAGUUUGAUAGUGGCUUGCUGAGAAACUUGACCCUGGUGACGGAUGCUCCUGAGCUGGCCUACCCUUCUCAGACUUUCAUUUGGAAAAGAUUUGAAGAAGUCUUUCUCAUUGCCUCUGGACUUAUCUGCUAUGCACCUGUGUUCAAGGCCUAUUUCUACCAAGGGCUGCUGGAGCUCUAUGAAGAUAAUGUACAGUAUGUUGAGAUAAGAGCUAUCCUGCCUGCGGUGUAUGAACUCGAUGGCACCCAGCACAAUAAAUCAUGGUCCGUGGCAGCCUACCGGGAUGUGACCAGGCAGUUUGUGAAGGAGCACCCUGACUUUCUUGGAGCCAAGAUUAUAUUUACAGCACACAGGAUGCUGAAUGUUUCCCAGAUUAAAGAAGCCGUCGUCACUGCUAUGGCACUCAGAGCCCACUUCCCAGACACCCUUGCAGGCUUCGACCUGGUUGGUGAUGAGGAUGAAGGUCAUUCUUUAUGGGAGCUGAAGGAUGCCCUGACUAUCCCGUAUUCCCUGGGGGUCAAAUUGCCAUACUUUUUCCAUGCUGGGGAGACUGACUGGCAGGGCACCUCUGUAGACAAUAAUGUGUUGGAUGCAUUGCUACUGAAUACCAGCCGGAUUGGCCACGGACUUGCCCUCAUUAAACACCCAGUAGCCAAAAGUUUGUCACUGAAGAGGGAUAUUCCUGUAGAAGUCUGUCCCAUCUCCAACCAGGUCUUGCUGUUGGUAACUGACUUAAGGAGCCACCCUGCAGCCAACCUCAUGGCUGAAGGACACCCCAUUGUGAUCAGCCCUGACGAUCCUCCUAUCUUUGGAGCAAAGGGCGUCUCCUAUGACUUCUAUGAGGUGUUCAUGGCCAUCGGAGGGAUGAAUGCAGACCUGAGGACCUUAAAACAACUUGCACUCAACUCCAUAAAAUACAGUGCCAUGCUACCAGAUGAGAAAGCCAGGGCCAAAGAGGUCUGGCAGAAAAAAUGGGACCGGUUUGUGGCUGAACUCUCUGACAGCUUUUUGAGUGAGCUUUAGAGGGAAGGAGACUCAUCUCAGAAGGCAUUUGGCCAGCUGAAGCAAGCCACGCAUGUUGCUAAAAGGGAGACUGCUUCUUCCAUGUGAUCUGAGCAGAUGAACAAACCUAAAAGUCUUACUUGGCAAUGGGUGAUUCUGGUAAGCUAGGCUUAAUGCUAAGAAUGAGCUGUCCUAUCCUGUGAAAGUCAUAGACUGGAGGUAAAAUGGAGCAGUGAGCCUUUGUAGUAACAGCGGAAGUACAACCCACUCAAAAUAGUCAAAACAAUUAAAAAUUGCCAUUGACCAAAUCCUGAUAUCCUUAUUCAGGAAAAACAUGCUUUCUAAUUAGAGUUACCAAGAGACUGCCAGCAUGAGGAUCUCUGAAUUUCACCUUAUCAUUACAAAAUGCAGACCUUGUCCGGAAACAGCUAAGACAAACAUCCAACCAUUUGGGCCACUGACCUUCAGGAGACCAAGGACUGAAAAUGACUCUUGUUAUGUUUAACCCUGGGCCUGCUGCCAAAAUAGCACUGCUAGGUCGAAGAACCAGUCAUAGGUCUGACGCCUGCUAUUUCAGGACUUACCAUGGGUGGAAACGAGCUGAUGGAACUUGCUCCCAGAACAUUUAAGCCUGGUUGCACAGCAAUCAUAAAGCCAAAAAGAGGUGUCUUAGUUGCUGACAGGCUUGGGUUUUUUACUGCAAAUUCUUUUCCUAUUCUCUGGUCACAAGGAAGCUAAAACACUUUUCAGCUGAGAAAAAAAAAAAACCUGGCUUCCUAUUUCCAGCUUAAUUAAAACUGUCACCCUGCACUGGGCCAUGUUAACACAGACCUCUGUGUUUGCAGUAAGUAUCUUUUGAUUUCAAGGGUUCCACCACCAUCCUUUGUUGCCUAACUCAAAGCGUAAAUGUGGCCUUAUUCAGAGCCUCUCCAACAGAUUUUCACCUUGGUGAACUACUUUCACACCAUGCAUAUCCAAUGUGUUCACUUGGACCUUUGUAGUUUCCAGUUCUUUGUCAAAAAAGGUAUUGCAGGAACUGCACAAUAAAUAGUGUCUGGACAAGUAGAUCCCCUUGCUUAACCACAUCAAAGUUAUCAGGAGAAGAACUAGUUGCAGGGAGAUUAAAAAAGGUAAUGUUAAUCAGGAUACUAAAUAAACUCAGCAAAAUCCUUUGGUACCCAUACCCCAAGCACACAGCCAGGACCAACCAGUGCGUCUCUCUGACUUCAGCGCAAUCGUGCCGGUUUGCCUCAGCCAAGGGAGAAUAUACAAAGGUUUCUGCUGAAAGACACUUCCCUCCUCAGAGCUUCAGACAUGUGAGGGCUGUCAUUUCCCGAUCUGAUCAGCUUGGUCAAAUCAUCUGUCUUCAUGUUUUCUGCUA